AUGGUCUUAACGUGGGUCGAGAUACUGCUCUUGGGGCUGGUUUGCUGCCUCUUCAUCCGCUCAACAUGGAACUCAAUGUACAAGGACCGCAAUCUGCCCCCCGGACCGACCCCCCUGCCCUUUAUCGGAAACCUGCUGCAGAUAGAACGGGGGCAGAUGGUGAAAUCUCUGAUGAAGCUGUGGGAGAAGUACGGGGACGUCUACACGUUAUAUUUUGGCUCCAGUCCUGUCAUCGUCAUCUGUGGGUAUCAGGCUAUGAAGGAAGCUCUUGUUGACCAUGGAGAAGAAUUUGGCGACCGAGGAAACCUCGUUACCAUCAACAAGUUUACCCAGGGCUACGGGGUUGGUCACAGCAAUGGGGAACGAUGGAGGUGCAUGCGAAACUUUACUAUGAGGAACCUGAGAAGUUUUGGGAUGGGAAAGAAAAGCAUCGAGGGGAAGAUCCAGGAGGAGGCUCAGUAUCUUGUGGAAGAGUUUAAAAAAUCUAAAGGGAUGCCAUGGAACCCAUCCAAAAAUAUCAUUAGAGCUGUCUCCAACAUUCUCUGCUCAAUCAUAUUCGGAAACAGAUUUGAAUACACGGAUGAGAGGUUCUUUAAGUUACUCAGCAUUGUGGAGGAGAUUCACCAGCUUACAAGCAGUAGCUGGGGACAGAUGGCGGAGAAGUACGGCUCGGUGUACACGUUGUAUUUCGGCUCCCGUCCCGUGGUCGUUCUGUCCGGCUACCAAACCAUAAAGGAGGCUCUCAUUGACCAAGCAGAUAACUUUAGCGGACGGGGACAACUGCCCACCGUGGACAGGGUCUUUCAAGGGGACGGCGUUGUUCUCAGCAAUGGGGAGCGCUGGAAGCAGCUGCGCCGAUUUACUCUCAUGACCUUGAGAAACUUUGGAAUGGGGAAGAGGAGCAUCGAAGAACGAAUCCAGGAAGAGGCGCACUUUUUGGUGGAAGAGCUCAGAUCCCAAAAACAAUCACCAAUCAACCCCACCAAUAUCCUCGUCCAGGCGAUCGCUAAUGUCAUCUGCUCUGUGGUCUUCGGCAAUCGCUUCGAUUAUGAAGAUAAAAGUUUUCUGGAGCUGCUCAACAUGUUCACAGAGACCUUCCAGAAAAUGAGUUCUGCUUGGGGUCAGAUGCAUGACAUGAUUCCAGAGAUCAUGAACCACGUCCCGGGACCUCACCAGAAAGUGGACAAACUCUUACAUAACUUGUUGGACUUUGUUACCGAGAGAGUAAAAAUGAAUGAAGAAACUUUGGACCCUUCCUCGCCACGGGAUUACAUUGACUGCUUCCUUAUCAAAAUGAAACAGGAAAGUAAAAAUGGUGUUUCAUUUUUCGACAUGAAGAGCCUGGUUCUGAGCGUGCUUAACCUGUUCUUUGCCGGGACGGAGACUGUCAGUACAACCCUGAGACACGGAUUGCUCAUUCUCGUGAAGUACCCUGAGAUACAAGCUAAGCUUCACGCGGAAAUCGAUCGCGUGAUUGGCCAGAACCGAACCCCAAACAUCGAGGAUCGCGGGAAGAUGCCGUACACCGACGCCGUGAUCCACGAGAUCCAGAGAUUCAGCGACGUCAUCCCCAUGAACGUUCCUCACUCGGUUAUAAAGGACACGACGUUCAGGGGAUUCACCAUCCCUAAGGGCACCGACGUCCUUCCGCUCCUCUGCUCCGUGCUCUGGGAUCCCGAGCAAUUCGAAACCCCAAACAAGUUCAACCCGGGGCACUUUCUAGACGCCAACGGCUGCUUCAAGAAGAACGAUGCUUUCAUUCCAUUUUCCAUAGGGAAGCGGAUCUGCGCAGGCGAAGGCCUCGCUCGGAUGGAGCUCUUCCUGUUUCUCACCAACAUCCUGCAGAACUUCUCUGUCACUUCCCAAAGAAAAUUCACCGAUACCGAGAUGAACCCCAAAAUGACGGGGUUUGCCAACGUUCCGGUCAGCUACGAGGUCUCCUUUGUCCCCCGCUGA